AUGCCUCCAAAAUCAAGAGUAUCAGUUGAAGAUACAGUUAAUGUACAUUUAUGGAAUUCAAUAAAUAAAAUAGCUCCUAUCGUGGAAAAUAAACCUAAUACUCUUGGAUUGCAGCCUAAAGUGUGGACAGAUGUAUUAGCAUUAGAGUUCUGGAAACAAUAUCGACUAAAAUGUGCCUUUGUUUUUAAAAAAGCUACAAUUCAGGAAUAUGGAAAUUAUUAUUUAACAAUCUUCGGACGUUGUAAAGCCAAAACAUGUAAAAAAAAAAUAUUUGGAUAUGUAGAAGAAAAUCCAGGGGACUAUGGUGAUGUCAUAAUUAAAAUCAACUGCCGAGAUACAAGAUUCGAGAAACAUGAAGACUGUAAACGACCCCUUCAAGGAAAAAGAAGAGACGAAAUGAAGAAAGAAGUGAAGGAAAAAGGUGUGAAAGGGAGUAAUCUUGAUGCUGCUCAAAAACUUCUUCAGCCAGGUGAUACUCAAUGUCCGGUUAUGAGUAGAGCCAAUGUCUUAUACCAAUUGAAGAAAGAGAGUAUCGAAGAUAAUUUUGAUGCACGUCCAGAAGAUCGAAAAAAUCUUGUAAAUGCACUGCUGUCUAUCAAUGAAACACCAAUUUAUCAAAGCUCUGUGAUAACCGUAUGUUUGAAACCGUUUUGGGUAUUUUAUGCUACUCCAUCCCAAAUUCAUUGUUUUAGAGAGUAUUAUCGUUUGCAUAGAAAAUGUUCAAGAAUUUGUAUUGACGCAACUGGAGGAGUAGUCAAGAAAUUCACUGAUCCCAUUAACGGACGUACAAGCGCAAUUUUCUUAUAUUCAAUAGUAAUAAAUUUUGAUGGUACUUCCUUAUCAGUGUUUCAAAUGCUGUCAGAAGCUCACGAUGCCGAUACCAUCACACUUUGGUUAAGAAAAUGGGUGCGGGAAUGGAAAGAUCUAGAAAGGAUUUUGAUAUUAACAUUAAUCAUUUGCAAUACUGAGUAUGAAGAUUCCAUGAUUUGUUAUAAUAAUAAAUUUAUUACUCCUCUAGAUGCUCGAGUUGAGUUGGAAAAUCUUAUCAGCAACAGAAAAACUAAAAUUUUAAUAGAUGACAUGGAAGAAAACAUAAAAACUAUGGAUUUUAGUACGGAUAAAAGUGACAUUUUAAAUGACACUUGUUUUGAAAGCUCAUGUGACAAUAAUGUUACAAUUAAAUUAUGGGCAGAUAAUCUUGCUUCGCAUUCAGACAAUAUUCAAAAUAUUGGUACCAUAUUAAAUUGUUUUUAUGUUCCAUUAUUUAAAGAACCAUUGAUACAUAUAGCCAAAGAAUUCCCUUUAUGGACCAAAGUUUGUGUCCCAAAUAAAAAGUUACGCCCAACGUCUUCAUAUAUCGAAGAGGAUUUCAAGGACUUGAAGAUUAUGUUGAAUAAACAAAUCACUUUACCAGCACGUAUAGAUAUUUUCGUAAAGGCUCAUCUUAAAAAUCUUUUGGGCGGGGUCGUUUUACUUCAAAAUAAAAUUACAAAAUUAGUUGAUGACAAUCUUAAUAAAUCAUCAAUAUCAGUUGAAAAUUUAAAUUGCCAUGAUAAAAAGUCUGAAGAGAAAUUAAACAAUAAUGAUACGUUUCAGGACAUUUUACAGAACGAAAAUUGGCGAGGAUUAGGAAAUGACCCGAAACAUGCUAAUAAAGAGUGGAUGAAUUAUCAAAACGAUGUAAAUUUUCCUGAUCAACGUGAUUUAGACGAAAAUAUUAAAGAUGAUAUGGCUAGUGAGAAAAAAAAUAUUUCAAGUAUGGACAUUAGUGAUAACGACAUUCUGAUGAAAUCUAUAAAUAAUGACCACGAUUAUGAUGCAACAGCUAAUACUCCAUUAAGUGAUAAAAUUUAUGAAGAUAAUACAUUAGAUGUCGCUCUUGAGAAAAUUAGUCGAAAAAUCACAAAAGAAGGUGCCGCAUGCAAAGAAAAAUGGCAAAAUAUGCGUGUUGUUUUUAUGAGACACUUGAAACCUUUGCCAAGUGGUUCUAGAAUAAAAAAGAAGAAACCAUACUAUUUACUCGAUUACAUGCAUUUUUUAACACCAUAUGUAAAACCGGUGAAUCCGCACGAGGCAGGGAACUUGCCAUCUACUAGUUCAAGAGAGAAUACGACAACUGAUGUGUCAAACGAUGUGCCUACCGAGUUCGAGCAAUGUACUGAGCGCAGUAAUGUAGACGAGCCUAGCCCUCCUAGUACUCAUGAUGAUUCCGCUCAUCAUUCUUCAAACCCAAAGCGAAAGAAAUCUUCAUUGCACGAGACUGAUAAGCAUUUCAUUAAUUAUUUAAAACAGAAAUCUACUCGCAUAAAUGAAUCUCAGACGUCCACGGACUCUGUUAUGUCGUUUUUAAAGUCUCGCACCUGA